GAAAUGGAUGGCAGUGUGGGGACGCUGCAGAAAAAAAACGAUCUCAGGUCAAUCAAUCUGUGCUGUCUUUCAGGUGUUGUGAUUGAAAUAGCCCAGCUGCCAGCACUGCGGGGGGGUGGUGUUUGCAGGGGGGUCUGCACAUGUGAAUGGGGCUUUGCUAAAUGCAGGUGGUGGAAAACCGACUCGGGAACGGGUGGGCACCUGAUAGAGCUGUGGGGGUCCCCAUGCACUGCAGAGCAGAGCGACCACAUGGCCUUUAAGGGUCCCCCCCAACUCAAGGUUUAUGUGAGUGCUGCGCUGCCCAAGAGCGGGGCAGGCAAACAACCGUCGGGCAAAAGCUUCGCCACGCUGGGGACGAGACGGAAGAGUUGAACGUCUACACCUGGGGCUGAGGGGGAGGCAGGAGGAGCGGGGCCGGGCUGGCACCUGAUGGAGGCGGGGUCGGGCGGAGCCAGGUAUUCCGGCCGCUCCGCUCGCUCCCUGCCCGCUGCCUCCCGCACCCAGCGGCCCGGUGCCGCUUGGAGGUUCGGUGCCGGGAGUGGAGCGGAGCGGCCGAACCCUCCGCCAUGAAGAAGCAUCACUCCGUUCAGGGCACCUUCAGCCGCCUCUUCGGCAAGAAACACGGCACAGCCACCGCAGCUUCGCUCUUUGCCACCAACCCACCUUGGAUCUUCAGCCAGGAGGUGACCUCCGACAGUGCGGGCGGCACCGGGGAUGUGAUUGAAGUCUAUUAUGGUGACAAUCGAUUUGGGACGAUGACUGACUCCGGAACCGCAACGUUGAAGCCUCGUCCCAGAGUGCGGCCGCUGCUGACAUUCCUACCCCUGAACGCCCAGGAAUCCCAUGGAGUGGCUGUGCCAACACCAUCAGUGCCAGAAGACUUUGAGGAAAAGGCAGCUCUUGGCAAUGGCUCCCAGAUGAAUGGGAACUACCGAAUGUACAGCUCGGUGGGGGACCUGCGCCCACAGGCUCUUGAGAGGGAAGAUGAGGAUGAGGACAUCCCUCCACCACCAUCAGUGCCCCCACCACCCCCUCCAACAGUGCAGGCGCUCACACCUCCACCUGCAGCCCCACCGGCCCCUCCACCACCUGAAGUGCUUCCACCACCUGAGUCAGUGCCACCACCCCCUGCCAUGGCCCCUCCACCACCCCCAGAACCCACCCUGCCCUCCCCCACCACACCAGCACCUCCGGACUUCAUCCCACCGGCCCCACCGCUCAACAAAGCCCCUGUGCCUUUCAGCAAUGGCAUCUCCAAGUGGAAGUCUGAGACAGUGCUGAACACGAGGCAGGUGGAUGAUGAAGGGCCACUCUGUCCCUCUGAGACCAAGGUGCCGGCUGCCCCCAGUGCAGAGGAGAACCCACAGCCCCCUAAGCAGUGCCCUGAGCCCCACCUCACCUUCCCCAGGUCUUUCAAGGUGCCCCCACCGGCUCCAGCUCGAUCCUCCUCCAUCCCCAUGCAGGAGAGCCAGCCUUCCCAUGUUGAGCCCUUCACCCGGCAGCCCCAUGCACGGCCUCCCCUCCCACCCUGCUUCACCAUCAGACCCGCAGCCAAAGCUCAUGCAGGAGAAGCCAAGGAAAGAAAUCUGCCUCUGAGACAGCCCUUCACCAAGGCAGCCCCUCCACCUCUGAGCCCCAAGCCGGGUGCUGUGCUCAGCAACCGAUCCUCAGUGCCCAGCUCAGAGCUAAAGCCAAAAACAGACAGCAGAGACUCUCCUACAAAAUCUGAAGUUAUCACUGCAAACGACCUGGAGCUGCCCCCUCCGGACUAUCCACCUUGUGAGGACAGUUGGAAGGAUCCCAGCAACCUCAGUCAGCUGCAGCAUGAGCUGUCAGCCCUACUGCGCUCACCCAGGAGGGAUGAGAGGCAGCCAGAGGGGCCAGCUGCCCCCCAGCCUGCAAAUGGCAGCACCAACCAUACUGGUAGCCAUGGGCAUGAUGGAGCCAGGCUUGAUGGAAAAGCUUUAUCAUCAGCUACAGGAGAGGAGAGCGAGAAAAGAGAGGGGUCUGGGAGCAGCCCCAGUACUAUGGGGGGACACCCCAGUGCAGCACAACCAGCUGUGGAGAGCAGCCCCACUGCACAGCCCCACAGCGUGAAGAAGAUCAAGAGUGAGCUGGAAGCUGUGUUCUCCAUGAAGAAGGAGAGGAAGCCAGCCCUGGGGCUCGGUGGUGAGAAGCAGAGCCCUGAGGAUGGUGGCAGUGCCUCGCAUUCAGGGUUGAGCCCUUCUGAGCCAGGUGACACCACGCUGCCAAAACCAGCCCUGAGCAGCUCACUGCCAGCUCCAGCAGCUGCUGCAGUUGUGGAGAAGGCAACAGAGCAGGAGGAACGUCCUGCUCCCAUCAUCAUCCCUGCUGCUAACAAGGCGACAGAGAGCUCAACGCCUGCUCCCUGCUCCCCUGACAGCAGUGUGAGUGCCCCGGGCUCACCUCAGAGAGCAGUGGAGGAGCCACCAGCUCCCCCCAUCCCAUCACCCCCAGUUUCCCCAGCACCACAGCCCAGCGCUGACAUCUUCCAGUACAAAGUGCACCGGGCUGGGGCUGGUGAAGCUGAGCCUGCCUGCCCCCCAAGCUCAGCCAGCAGCCCCCCAGGAGUCCCGGGCACAGGGCAGGAGGAGGUGCUGAUCCACCCGGUGACAGGAGAGCGGGUAGAGCGGGGCUCUCCCAUGGCACUGCUGCUGGCAGCCCGGCAGCGGGCACAGCGGGGCCGCUCAGGCAAUGAGGUGGGGGGUCAGCCAAGAGCCAGACCAUUACACACCAAAUUUGGCAGCACCGCAUCAGAAACCACCUCCAGCACCAGCUUCUACCGCCAUGAAUCCAAGCCUUACUCCUUCACUGUGGUGCCCCGACCUUUGGCAGCACAGAACAAGCCACCAUCCUUCUCCAGUUCUUCAGAGCAGGGCAGGGUGGUGGGCGAGGGGCAGCAGCGGGCUGCAGCCUCCAGCCUGCUGAGGGGUCUGCUGGAGCAAGGGCAGCCAAAGCCCCCUGACCCUCCCCACCACACCAUGCCUGGAGAUGAGGAGGAAAACAGCGAGGCGGCGCUGGAUUACACCAUCAUCCCCCCACCCCCUGAGUUCAGCAAUGAAGUGGAUGAGCUCAAUGGGAUCCCGCAGAGCCGUGAAGGGAACCACAAGUCCCCCAGCUUCCCUGACUGCAGCCGGAGCUCGGAUGCACCCCGGUACUACAGGUGGCCUGGCUACAGCCGUGGUUAUGGCUAUGGGAGCAGCCAGGAGCCCUCGGAGCACAGCAAGAGGAAUGGUGACCUGGCACCCCCGUGUCCAGAUUACAGCAGCUCCGCUGGUUAUCUCAACCGAGGGCCGAGCAGCCGCCCGCUGAUCAAAAAGAGGCUCUAUGUCUCCGAGCCUGAGCAAUCCUACCCCAGAGCAGCUGCCCGAGGCACAGUGCUCUCAUCCUAUGGCUCUGGGGCAUACAGCUCUUCAGCUGGGGAUGGGACCCGCCGCCUCAGCUCUACCCACUGGAACGGCCCCGGUAGCACACAGGGCAGGCGCACCUCCAUUGAUGCAGCUGGGAAAGCUGGGUCAUACAGCGGAACUGAUGCCAAGUACAAGGGGCAGAAUGGGGACUUCUUAGGAGCUGGCAGACCUGCCCACAGCAGCUCGCAGUAUGGUGGACCCACCAACACCUUCACAGUCAGACCUGGGGCACGGCAGCCCAUCUCCUACACCUACCAGAGUGGGCACCGAUAGGUUCAACCAUAGGGCUGCUCCACUGCCUUCAUCCUGCUGGGAAGAGACAAUGAGGUGCAUGGUUGGGGUCUUCUCCACCUGGCCAGCAAACACUGCUCGAGACUGCAGAGGAUGAAUGUGGAGAGCAAACCUGGGGCUUGGACUCUUCAAAAAGACUGUCAUGGAGCAUAGUUACUACAGACCAGCUACUGUUAUGUGAGCAAAGAUGUUUUUCUUUCUCUUCUUCCCUCUUUCCCAGUAUUAUUUUCAAAUUUGCAGCCUGGUAGGUCUUCUAAAAUGGAAAAGACCCUUAGUUUAAAGAUCAUUGUUACUGGAGAGAUUGUUUGUUUAAUUGUGCUUGGGAGUGGGGAGAAGCCAAAGCUGGGGAUGUGUGUAUUGGAAGCAAGCAAGUAUGGAUCUGAAUUUAGGGGAAUUAAGAACGUGAGGUCAAUUGGAUAGGAAUAGUUGAGGAUGCCUGCAUCGCCACCCCCUCAGCCUUGAGUGAACCCAUUACGCUGAUGCCUUAAGCCAGAUCAUGCUCUCAGUGCCCAUCCCCAGGGCAGGGGGCAGCUGCACUGCAAGCACAGCCCUUGCUUUCCCACUCCUUUUGGUGGCCUGCACGUUUGUGUUGCUGGUUCUUUGUCAUGGGAGGCUGCGAGGCCUGGCUGGGUGGCUGUGAAGCAUGUUGGCAACGUGAGAUCUUUGAUCUAGGGGAUGGAUAAACUCAGUUUUGGUGUAAGUUUUUGACACUCCGGGGUGUGACGUACCUGAGGGACCUGUCUCCAGCUGCUUCUAUCAGCACAUCAUGGAUGCUUUGGUGCAGAUCUAUCUGAAGGAGCCAGUGUUGUGCAAUGGGAGAGGAGAGUGGUCUGAAAGAGGGUAUUUCACACUGCGGUCAGCUGUAGUGGGAGUGUAUUACUCUGAGCUUAGAAGCGAAUCUUCCUCCCAGGUAAACUUGCUGCAAAUCACUGUAAGAUAGGUGUAAAAACUUGUAGAGAGUAUUUUCUAAUCGCUGACAAACUAAAAGCACUUUGAGACACGAGUCUACCUUUAUUGAAAGCACUUUCUCUUCUCAAUGUCAUACAGUAUCAUUAGUUCCAUUCAAGUUUAUUCCGCUUUGUGUUGCGAGUAGAUUUUGCUCUACAAUUAGACUCAAAACUGGGUGAUAAGUUUUCCCCUCACAGUGCAGAUUUCAGAAGCUAUCUUUAUUAAUGUCACGCUGUUGACAUUCUGUUUUACAUCAUUUCCAGCCCUACCUAAUAAUUUAACAGCUGUUCCGAACGCUGCAGAGGCUUCAAAGUGUUCUGAACUUUACUUUGCUGUGAAUAAAACCAGAGCGCAAAUACCAUAAUCAGCCUAAUAGCUAAUUCAUAGGAUGUUUUUAUGCCAGUAACUCGCAGUGACUUGGAAUGCUUCCAGCUGGUAUUGAAACAGCACGGUUUAAAUGGCUGGAUGUUGGUUUAUGGAGGAGAGGAGGGACUAUGGAGGAACCAGGCAGUAACUCCCUGGGCUCAAUAGACUCUGUGUGCACAACAGGCUUUUUUCCCCUAAAACAAAGAAGCUUCACUGAUAACAUUGUGAGCUGAUGGUUUUGCUUCCUGGUGUGGAUUUUUGCAUAGAGUUAAACUGCAAAUGAAUUCCUAACAUUACUUUCAAGACUUGCUGGGAGACUUCAGACUGGGAGAUGAAUCCUUUAACAUGUAUCCAAUUUCCUCUUACCAGUUCUGCUCAAUCCCAACACAAGUUUCAUGUUUUGUCGGAGCAAAAUCCAAUAGUCCAACGUUGGCAUUUGCUUUGAAUUCCAUGUUUACUGUUUCAUUCAGACAUGCAAUUCACAAGUGGCUGUAAUACGGUGCUACAUAGCGUGGAGCAUUUUGUUCCUAGCAGGUGGACAUUGCUUUAAAUUAAAUAGCAGAAACAUAAGAAUGUAAGGCAGGUUUGUGUAACAGCCGUUUAUUUACUCAAAGAACACCCAUUCUGGGAAUGCAUGUGGACUAAGCUGUAAUGAAACCGGGUAGGACUUCCCAGUAAAACUGGUUAACGUGAAUGUUUGAAGCAUUGAAACGAUUCUGUUCUUUAGACACUGCAGGCUAUCCCUGCUGCUUUAGGAAAAUAGUAGGAUUUCAGUAUGAUUUAACAGGCCAAGGCCAUAGGGUUUGGUUUGCAUUCCAAAGAAAUCAGUGUCAGAGCUGGUGUGGAGCAGACCAUUGCAAUGAGCAGUGAGGACUCUUCUUUGGGCCCCUCUUGGCCGGGUUAUCUUGUCGGCACAGCACACACAUUGCUUUAUUCUGAUUCCCGUUUCUCUUCCUUCUCCCCCAGUUGCUUUACUACAUAAACUUAGCAAUAGAGGAGGGAAACAGAGGUGGCAACAGAGCCAAGUGACUUUAUAGUACUAGAAGCCAUCCUGAAAGCUGACAGUGGAAUUCUUACUGCCUCAAUGCUCUCUUGCCAGUGUGAUCAUUUAAGCCUUGAUACAACUUAAAUGAGCCCCUGCAACCUCCUCUAAAGCACCUGCUAAUGUAGUAGAACUGAUAGCUCUACUUGUAAAGUCUUUGAACAAAGUCUCUUAUUUAUGAGUGCCACUGAACACGAACCUUCUUGCAUUAAAUGUCUCUGGAUGUGUUGUUUUAUGA